UCUCCUCGAAUUUGGAUAACAUGGCUGAACACCCUGUAUAGUGCACUUCACUGAGAACUUUAAGCCGAUUGGAACGCAACCUAAAAGUCCACUUAUCCAUUACACGCACUGCGGGCAAGUCUGGUUUUGAAACUAAUCCUUAGAUAAGAGAUUGGCAACAGGAAUAUUAAUAUCUUCGAUCCUUAGAUUUUAUACGAAUAGGUAUAUAUUCUUUCUGCAUGAUAAAUCUGCUUUUAUUUUGUACUAUUCUGUACACGUACCCGAGAGUCUGUCUAAACAGGAACUGUGCACAGUGAGGUGAAGAUAAAAGUGGAAGCGAUUUCCUGUGUUGAUGUAAGGAACAAGAAGGCGUUCAGUUCUCCGGGAUAAAGAUGCUUGGUGUCAGACCCCUUGCUUGUUGCAGGACAUCAUGGAGCAUGCUGCGAAUCACUCUACACACCAGUCACAAUUAUACCCAGAGUGUACACAGCUGCUACACAUUAUACACAAACAAGUGUCAAAAUAGGAACCAUGCAUAUUUCAGACCUUCUGAGAGAGCUCUUUUGAUUCAUUCAUUAAAGCACCAGCGGGUUACAUUUUCUCAGAACCACACCAAACCUCCAAAGUCUACUUCCUCAGCCAGGAUAAAGUUUCAAACACGACUGCUCAUGACGUUGUUUGUUGGAAGUGCUGUAAUUGGCACCAGCUGGUACAUGCAUGAGGAAAAGCAUCAGAGGCUAGAAAUGCAACGGAUAGAUCAGUUAAGGAAAAUAGCCAUAGGCCAGGGAGACUUCUGCUUACUGGACCACACUGGUCAGCAACGGACCAAAAAGGACUUCUUGGGGCAGUGGGUGCUCAUGUACUUCGGCUUCACACACUGCCCUGAUAUCUGCCCUGAUGAGCUGGAAAAGAUGAGCAGUGUGGUAAAGCUGCUGGAUGAGUCAAAUUUACCCUGCGUGCAGCCGCUGUUUAUAACUGUUGAUCCAGAAAGAGAUGAUAUGACUACCAUGGCAAAGUAUGUCCGAGAAUUUCACCCACGACUGAUAGGAUUGACAGGCACACCUGAGGAGGUAAAGAAAGCUGGACGCGCCUACCGAGUUUAUGCCAGUGCUGGACCCAAGGAUGAAGAUGGAGACUAUAUUGUAGACCACACCAUCCUUAUAUACCUCAUCAAUCCAGAUGGUCUUUUCCUGGACUAUUACAACAGAAUGAAAAAUGCAAAGCAGAUUGCUGAAAGCAUUUGUCAGCACAUGAAGAAUUAUGUAAAGUUAUUCCCUGAGUAGCAUUAAGUCCGAUGCAGAAAGAUUUGAUCACAUAUAAAAAUAUUAAAGCGUUCCUGGAUAUGGAUUAUGCACUGAAUAAAAAAAAUUGUGAAAUUUAAAAUGGUUAAAUGGAAGUUUUAUUUAAAAUAUAGCUGAUGGCUUUGUGCGACUUGAAAACAAACGUUUAUAUUGGUCUUUUCAUUUUUAUUGAUAUGAAUACAAUUGAUGUGUCGAAAUUAAGAUUUAAAUUGUAGGAAGAGUACUUUCUCUAGAUGAAUAAAAAGAUGAAUAAAAAAAUUUGGGUAAUCAAUCUUUAUCAUAUUGAUAAAAGACAAACAUUGAUAAUCAUUAUAAA